AACGAAGGCAACAAAGAAGACGUUGGACUAAAGCGGUGGUGACAGAGACGAAGUAGUGAAGAAGACGAAGAACAAAAAACGCACGAAAAGAUGGAGGACUUGCUAACGCCGGGACAGUGGUAGUGAAAAGAGGAUGCUGAUGAACCAAACGAAUGGAAGAGGCAUUGCAGCGGAUUGAAGUGAAAAAUGGUGGACUCAGGUUGAGGAUUGAAGUGCUGCUGCUGAAGAAGAAAGUAGGGGCUGGGACAAAGACGUGAGUUUGGCCUUAUGGGUUGAUAAAAUAAAAGUGAAGAAUUUUUAUAGGGUUAGUUUGGAGAAAACAGGGCAAUGGAGUUCUCACAGGAAUGGAGGUCCUUCUUCCCAGUCGGAACGCCUGGUGGCUCCACCGUGGCCCCUCUUCUCCUCUCUGAACCAACCACCACCACUUUAGGCCCUCUCAAAUUCAACCCUAACCCUAACUCCCUCACUCCUCUCUUCUCCUCUUCUUCUCUCUUCUCCUCUCUCCUUCACCUCCCUCCCAUUCUCUCACCCUCCCGCUUUCUCUCUUCCCAUUCCCUCCUCCCUUCAACCGCUUCUUCUCUCUCCUCCUUCGCCCAAAACGACGCCGCUUCCCCCUCCUCUUAUUUCCUCACAAACCGCCUCCACCUCCUCGCUUAUCCAGAUCGCAAAACCGCCGUCGUUUUCUUCCCCACUGGCCUCAACGAUGACAAAAUCGGGUUUUUCAUGCUCUCCGUCACAAACUCCAAGUUGCAAGUCCACCUUGCCGGAAACGAUGACGUUUUCCGUGCCGAGUUGGGAUCCUCCUCUGCUCACCGUAUACUCAUAAUUUCGGUGAAUCCUGUUCUUGAACCUCCUCCCUAUUCGGGUAAUGAUUCUUCUUCUCCUGUUAUUGGGUAUUUGUUGGCUUGUACUCUUUAUUCUGUGCAUUGGUUCAUUGUGAAGCAUAGCUCUACUUUCAAUAGGCCUGUUGUGUUACAUGCCGGCGGUAAAGUUUUCAAGAGUUGUUCCGUUGUUCAUGCUUGUUGGAGCCCUCAUAUAUUGGAACAGAGUGUGGUGUUGUUAGGAAGUGGUCAAUUGUUCUUGUUUGAUUUGGAGUCUUAUUGUCAUGGUUCAAGUACUGCUUUCAGGGGGACUAGGUUGAAAGUUUCGUGGAAUGAUUCGGGUUAUUGUAGUGAUAGUGUGUGGGUGAGCUGUGAAUUUAGCUGGCAUCCUCGGAUUUUGGUGGUUGCUCGUUCUGAUGCCGUUUUCUUAGUUGACUUGAGAUCCAAGGAAUGUAAUGUGAGUUGCCUAAUGAAGAUUGAUAUGUUGCGUAUGUAUGCUCCAAGCGAAAAAGAGCAGUUUCUUGCCUUGGCAAAGGCAGGCCCUAACCAUUUCUUCUGCGCAGUGGCUUCUAGCAGUCUUUUACUUCUCAUUGAUGCGAGGAAGCCUAUGAUGCCGGUGUUACAAUGGAUGCAUAAUAUUGAUGAUCCUUGCUACAUAACUGUGCUAAGCUUGUCUACCUUGAGGUCCCACUCAAGGGAAGAUACUUUCAAGUUGGCUUCCGAGUAUGGAUAUUGCAUUAUACUGGGAUCAUUUUGGAAUUGUGAGUUUAGUCUCUUCUGCUAUGGACCUGAAUUGCCAUUCCAAAACGGAUAUCUUGCUUCGAAACUUUCAAAGAUUAACAAAGCCUUCUGUGCUUGGGAGCUUCCGUCUGAGAUCGAUUUAUCUGGCUGCAAGUGUCAUUGUGGAGAUUGUCUCUUAACGGAAGAGCUGUCAAAGGAUGCUCUUCCUGAAUGGAUUGAUUGGCAGCUGAAGAAAGAGAUUGUCUUGGGUUUUGGAAUUUUAAGCAAUGAGCUGGCUGCCUUACUUUGUGAACCAGAUGAAAAUGGUGGAUUUACACUGAUAAGGCUAUUGUCAUCAGGAAAGUUUGAAUUGCAAAGAUAUCAUGCUUCUCGGGGUCCAGCUAGGAACUUAGAUUACUGCCAGAAACAAGAAUUAUAUUUGGACAAACACUUGCAUCCCUUCAGCGAGGAGGAAUACAAAUUUCCAAAAAGAUUUCAUUACCUAAAAUUGGCUUACCUUCAGGCAUAUGUAAGCGAUAGUCUUACUAAAUCACUACAUAGGAAACUAGAAAAGAUUCAUAUGCAAACUCAAUGGAAGGAAUUUUCUGCUACUGAAGUGCAUGAGUUUUUAUGCGAGAAAUUAAAUGCCUAUGGGUUUGGUCGGUUAAGAUCGUCUGCUGCAAUUAUUGCCGUCUUUAAAGAUAUAAAAUCACCUGCAAGCGUUCAUGAAGUUGCUUUGAAGAGACUUUGGGCUGACUUGCCUAUGGAGAUAUUGCAAUUGGCAUUUUUGAAUUAUUCUGAAUGUCCGCAACUUGUAAACAAGCAUAAGAUAGCGCUAGAUUUUUUAGCUUUACCUGACCUUCCUCAGUUGCCUCCAUUCUUCUUACGGAAAUCUUCAUGCCACAGCAACGAUGACAUUGUGGGUCCAGUUAGGCCAUUUCCUUUUCUACUUGUGCUAAAUGAAUUUUACAAUGGUUGCUCAAGUUUGGAAGAUGAUGAGUUUUCAGUAGAAGCGGAGCUUGGCCUCAAGUACAAUGAAGUAAUGAAGGUGGCAAGUGACAUCACUGUUUCAACACAUGGCUCUAUGGACCUCAAUGAUGAUGCAGUAUCUCUUUCUCAUGAUCAAGAGGAAGCUUGGGAUGGUUCCUUGAAACGAAAAUCUUUUUUGUCAUAUCGGCCAAUUGCAUUCAGUUGCUCCGCUAAAGAUUUUGUUACAGGGAACUCUGUUUAUAGUGAUGGAAUUUAUGAUACAUUUAUGUUCCAAGUCCGGAAGCCCGGGGAGCAGACAAAACCUCAUGGAGGCGAGGUAUUUGAUGAUCAGUGCCCUGUUGAGUUGAGGCUUAAUGCUUCAUUGGAAAUCUCGGAACCUCAAGGUUUAGAGGCAUGUAAUCUACUAAAGAAACAUAUGUCAAAAUGGGAACAACAUUUUGAUUUGUAUAAGGAGUUUUGUAUUAAUCUAGAUUUGAAGUGAUAGUUAACAGGUGGUCCUUCAUUUUUUAACCUUGUUCCCAUAGAUAAACAAAUGAGUUUUAUCCUCUGAAAAAUAUGCUCUUGGCUGAUUUCCGGGAAUAUAUGCGUUGUAUUUACCUUUUU